AUGUCUUCAAUCGCGGUAGAAAAAGCAUCGUUAACAAAUGGCAUUUCAACACUAAAUAAAUCGAAACGAAAAGGUAAUAGAACACCUGCCAAUGAAGAUGUACAAGAAAAUGUAACGAUAAUACAAUUGGGAUCGCGGAAUAAAACCAAAAAGGGCAAAAACAAGGAAUUGAACAAUUCUAGCGGUGUGAGAGUUAAGUCCCGUGUCAUUAGGCAACGGUCACUUGUGAAUAAAGCAAAUGGUACUUCGAGAAAUCGAAGAAAGUUGAACAGAGCGGCUGUUAGUGAUAUAGAAAAUACCAAUUCAGACACAACACCCGAAGAGGUUCUCAGGGAUGAACGGAUAGAAAGUUCAUCAGACGGUUCACAUGAAUUUGAUAAAAAUGAUGAAAAUAAAGUAAAUUUUGCUUUGAAAUUAACUCCUGAGGAAGCUGAUACAUCUAAAACACGACCAGAUCAUAGUGAUAAAGCAAAGUUUGAAAAUGCCAAAAUUAAAGCCGAAGAGACAAAAGAACCUCGAGAGAGAACCAUCAUAGAUGCUGAGGAUCAACACCAGGCAUUUGCUAUGAGCGACCCUACACUGGAAGCAAUCCGGUUCGGGGAAUGGGAAAUUGAACCUUGGUGUGCAUCCUCUUAUGAAAUGGAGUAUAUCGCAAAUUCACUAGUAUAUGUUUGCGAAUUUUGUUUAAAGUACAUGAGAAGUGAAUUUAUUGCUGAUCGACACAAGAUGAAAUGUCCGGUGCGCCAUCCCCCUGGUGAUGAAAUAUAUCGAGAUGGUCCUAUUUCGAUUUUUGAAGUUGAUGGACGAAAGAAUAAGAUAUAUUGCCAAAACCUUUGCCUUUUUGCAAAAAUGUUCAUCGCUCACAAGACUCUAUUUUUUGACGUAGAGCCUUUUCUUUUCUAUGUGAUGACAGAAACAAAUGAUACCGGAUGUCAUUUUGUUGGCUAUUUUUCUAAAGAAAAACGUUCACAAGGAAAUCACAAUGUUUCUUGUAUUCUGAUACUUCCAAUUCAUCAAAGAAAGGGUUAUGGGAAUCUUUUAAUAGAAUUUAGUUACUUGCUUACUAAGAGAGAAAAUAAAAUAGGCUCCCCUGAAAAGCCUUUAUCCAAAUCUGGGUUGCACAGUUACAGAUAUUACUGGAAAAAUGUGCUGUUCGAAGAGCUGAAUAAAGAUAGAAAACACAUAAGUAUCCAAGAAUUAAGCCGUUUGACAAGUAUGACUGUCGAUGAUGUUAUUGCCACUCUCCAAAUCAACAAUAUGAUUGAGAAGGAUGAGAUCAAUGAUACAUACAAAAUUGUUGUGAAUAAAAGAAUUGUUGAAGCUCAUCUGCAAAAAGGCCUUGAAUUUAAAAUCGACGGAUGA